UCACCCACCAUCACCACCAACUCGACAGUCACUAUCCGUUUACCGUUUUUUCAUAUCAAUAUCUUUGACCACUUUUCUUUUUCUUUGCAUUGGGCGAUAAGAAAUCGACAUCGACGUUGCCUGGGUUUUUCCACUUUUUUGCCGUCCUAAUGUCUUCCACACAACCCCAAGCCGCCAGUGCAAGCCCCAUGCCUGCGGGAGUCACCGACCCCAACUACAGACCUGGCCCCGGCCGUUUAGGCAAUCUUACCAUCGCGAUGCUUCAUUCUUUGGAGAAGUUCAAGAAAGAAGUCAAGGACGAGGGCUGGUUCGUCGAGGAAAGAAUGGACGAUGAACUUAUGCUUAGAUUCUUGAGAGCCCGCAAGUUCGAUAUUGUGGCCGCUAAAAAAAUGCUGCAAGAGUGUGAGCAGUGGAGAAAGGAAUUUGGCAUUGAGGAGAUUAUGAAGAACUUCGACUUCAAGGAAAAGAAAGACGUGGACAAGUAUUAUCCUCAGUAUUACCACAAGAUGGACAAGGAUGGUCGACCGCUUUACAUCGAACGUCUUGGCUACCUUAACAUAAAAGAGCUCUACAGAAUCACAACCCAGGAACGUCAACUCCAACGUCUUGUCUACGAGUACGAGAAGAAUUACAGCGACCGCCUACCCGCCUGUUCCAAAGCCUGCGGACACCCCGUAGAAACAUCCUGCACAAUUCUUGACCUGUGGAACGUGUCUCUCAGCAACUUCUAUCAGGUCAAGGACUAUGUCAUGUCGGCUUCGUCCAUCGGGCAGAACAGGUACCCAGAAUCCAUGGGCAAGUUCUACAUCAUCAAUGCGCCUUGGGCAUUCAGUGCCGUAUGGCGGAUUAUCAAGCCGUGGUUGGAUGAAGUCACCGUCAGCAAGAUCGACAUCAUUGGGAGUGACUAUAAAGAUAAGUUGCUGGCUCAGAUCCCGGCCGAGAAUCUUCCGAAGGAUUUCGGAGGACUAUGCCAGUGCGAAGGGGGAUGCUCGUUGAGCGAUGCCGGCCCGUGGAAUCCUACCGACACGGCCGCACAUACCCCAGCAGCAAAUGGAGACAGUGCGCCAAAUGGCAAUGCGGCGUAGAUGUUAGCGGUUGGCUUUUCAUUCGCUCAUUUUUGCUGGGACGGAAAUCUAACUGUACAGAGUAAUUCAGAUAUACCACUUUCCUUGUACUGCAUUCGCAUAUUAAGAUAGAAUCGGGGGCAGUGAUAGGGAAUUUAAUAGUCUUAAGUACACUCACUGUGACGUCGUCUGAAGCAAUAUUCGCA